CUGGAGGCCGAAAGGCUGGAGGCCGAAAGGCUGGAGGCUGGAGGUCCACAUCUGGCUGUCUGUUCCCACAGGGGGCAGGUGGUGCUGGGCUACAACGAGGUGGAGAUCAGCAUGAAGGGAUCCGGAUACAUGUUCAUCCACGCCGCCGACAUGAUGCACUGCGCCGAGAACCACACGCGCAUGAUCAAAACUGGGGAAACUGGAAUCACCAUCUUCAGGCUGCUGUCCAAAAGCGGCCGCUGGAUCUGGGUCCAGUCCAACGCCCGCAUGGUGCUGAAGGCGGGAAAACCGGACUUCAUCGUGGCCCGGCAGAGGGCGCUAACCCAGGACGCCGCGGCGCUCAGCUCUCUGAGCGACGCCGCCUUCCAGGACUCUCACGCCACGCUCAGCAUCCCGGGGGACGCCGCGGGCAACGGGGGCCCCGCCCGCGCGGACGCCGCCCUGCAGGAGGUCAUGUCCACGCUGCAGGACAUCCUGGAGGACGGCGAGCUGAUGGGCGCGCUGGAGGUGGCUCCGGAGGAGCUGAAGGGCUGGGAGAGCGCCCUGCUGCGUCUGAGCGGCGAGGCGGGCGCCGACCCGGGGGACGUGCUGUCCUACUUCGAGGAGCAGCUGCAGCUGGACGUCCCCGUGGAGGCGUGGCCGGCGCCGGCGCCGCCCGCCCCGAACGGCGCCCCGGUGAUGGCGCCGCCGCUCAGCCACCUGGACUUCCCCCCGGUGGCCGUGGCGCCGCAGCCGAACGCCGUGAUCCCGUUGGCUCCGCCCCGCCGCCCUCAGAACCAGCUCGCCGCCGCGUUCCUAAUGCCCGACCAUAACGGGCCGCCGCACGCCGCCCCGCCGCCGCACGUCGCCGCGGCGACCCUCCAGGGGCGGCGGCCAAACCCGGCCUUCAGCCAGUGGAACGGCGCCGGCCAGAACAUUUCAAACGGUUUCCACGCCGACGCGGCGGCGCCCGGCCUCUUCACGCCGGCGCUCCACGAGCCGCCGUGGCCGCAGCGCCGCCCGCACACCGCCGAUGACGUCAUCGGCCGGGCGCCGCUCAGGGCGCCGCACGCCGCCACGCCGCCAUCAGCAGCCUGGGCGGCGCCGGCUUCCCGUUCCCGCUGCUGCCCAACGGCUCCUGCUUCUCCGACAGCAAAUGACCGGAAACGGCGUGUAACGGAGGCCAGCGGCCCAGCGGAGGAGCAGCAGGAACGAGUCUACUACUGGCCACAUCUGCCCUUUGAACUGAGGCUAGGGGCUGACCUUUGCUUCCCUCACUGCUCUGACGUCACCUUUGACCCGCUGCGCGCUCCCGAGGUGCAGCCAGAGCUCCGUCAGCGCGGGAGCGCGCAGCGGGUCAGAGCCAGGAGCUGCAGAGCUGCAGAGGAGCGGAGGAGAGGAGGAGCGGUCCCGGCCUGGUCCCGUGUUUCUGCGUGGGGAGUGGACCGGACCGAACCGGACCGGACCGGACUGGACUCUGCUUUGCUGGACCGGACUCUGCUUUGCUGGACCGGGCUUUUCCCCCGGUGUUCCCGGCCCUUUAUCCCGGUGUUCCCGGCCGUGCGGCUGCGCACCGGCGGUCCGGGGCCCGUCUGGACGCAGUUCCCCGUCACACAGCAGAUGAUCCCGGUGCCGCCAGUCCUCCGGAUCCGGGUCGAGGCUCCACCGGGCUCCAGCCCCCACCACCCCCCCCCCCCUCCCCCCCCCCCCCCCCCCCCGACCCCCCGGCCCACUGAGCCCCAUCAUGUUCGCCGGACGCAAGCGCAGGAAGCCGGCCCAGAAGGGAUUGUGUCUCUGUGGGGGAUGCUGGUGAAAGCGGCUCCGGCUGAGGGCGCCAAGUCCAACCCGUCCAAACGCCACCGCGAGCGUCUGAACGGCGAGCUGCAGCGGCUGGCCGGGCUGCUGCCCUUCCCCGAGGACGUGGUGUCCAGCCUGGACAAGCUGUCCAUCCUCCGGCUCAGCGUCAGCUACCUGCGGACCAAGAGCUUCUUCUCAGGUGGGAGGGGCCACGAGGGGGUCAAAGGCAAAAAAAGCUCCAACCUUUUCCGGCUCCAUCAGGAGGGUUUGCAGCCGUCUCAGAUCUCCUUGUGGUCCCUCCUGUCCCCAGGACACUGCUCCGGGACUGGCUCAUCCCUUGAGUUAGAGCACCAUUCUCUCACAGCUAAUUGGGUGAAUGAAGGAAUUAAACGGGAGGUGCGCCGGCUAGGCGGCGGCCAUGACGGCGGCAGCCAUGACGACGGCGGCCAUGACGGCGGCGUGCCGGAGGGCGAGCUGCUGCUGCAGGUGGGUCAUCACAGCCCUCAGAUCCAUCAGACCCAGAUCCUUCAGAUCCUUCAGAUCCUUCAGAUCCUUCAGACCCAGAUCCAUCAGAUCCAGAUCCUUCAGACCCAGAUCCUUCAGACCCAGAUCCUUCAGACCCAGAUCCUUCAGAUCCUUCAGAUCCUUCAGAUCCCUCAGAUCCCUCAGAUCCCUCAGACCCCUCAGACCCAGAUCCUUCAGACCCAGAUCCCCCAGAUCCCUCAGAUCCUUCAGAUCCCCCAGAUCCUUCAGAUCCCUCAGAUCCCCCAGAUCCCUCAGAUCCCUCAGAUCCUUCAGAUCCAGAUCCUUCAGAUCCAUCAGAUCCCUCAGAUCCUUCCCUUUGCUGUGGGCGGCCAUGUUGGAUCCUGGGGACAGCCGAAGGCCCCCUUACCCCGGAGGCCCGGGUCCAGUCGCUCUGGGGGGGUCUGCUUCACGCCUCCAGCUCAGAUGGCUGCAGAACGAUGGACUCCUCUUUCUGAUGCUCUGCACGGCUUCGUGUUGGUGGUGACGGCCGGGGGAACUGUCUUCUUCUGCUCUCACACCAUCCAGGAAUACCUCGGCUUCCAUCAG